CCCCCGUCUCCUCCGUCCCCUCCGUCCUCUCCGUCCCCUCCGUCCCCCCCUGUAUGGGGCCGCGCCGCCCGCCAUGCCCAGGAAGGAGCUGCCCCUGCCGCGGGGCUGGGAGGAGGCCCGGGACUUUGACGGCAAAGUCUACUACAUCGACCACACCAGCCGGACCACCAGCUGGAUCGACCCGAGGGACAGGUAUACCAAGCCUCUCACCUUCGCCGACUGUAUUAGCGAUGAGCUGCCGUUGGGCUGGGAAGAGGCUUACGACCCUCAGGUUGGAGAUUACUACAUAGACCACAACACAAAAACCACCCAGAUCGAAGACCCAAGGGUUCAGUGGCGGCGGGAGCAGGAGCACAUGCUGAAGGACUACCUGGUGGUGGCUCAGGAAGCACUGAGUGCACAGAAGGAGAUCUACCAGGUGAAGCAGCAGCGGCUGGAGCUGGCCCAGCAUGAGUACCGCCAGCUGCACGAUGUCUGGGAGCACAAACUGGGAUCCCAGAUCAGCUUGGUCUCUGGGUCAUCAUCCAGUUCCAAAUAUGACCCUGAUAUUCUGAAAGCUGAAAUCGCCACUGCAAAAUCCCGGGUCAAUAAGCUGCGAAGAGAGAUGGCUCACAUGAGGCAGGAGCUCCAGUUCAAAGAGCAUGGCUUCCAGACCCUGAAAAAAAUUGACAUGAAAAUGUCUGAUGCUCAAGGUGGUUACAAACUGGAUGAAGCUCAGGCUGUUUUGAGGGAGACGAAAGCCAUCAAAAAGGCCAUCACUUGUGGGGAAAAGGAAAAGCAAGAUCUCAUCAAGAGUCUGGCCAUGCUGAAAGAUGGCUUCCUCACUGAUCCGGGCUCACACUCAGACCUGUGGGCUAGCAAUACCUCCUUGGAAAGCACCACGUUUUCUUCGCCCAGGCAGUACCUGGAUGUGAGCUCUCAGACCGAGGUUUCUGGAAACUUCAUUACCAGCGGCAACAAUCAGUUGGCCGAAAAGGUCAGAUUACGCCUGCGAUACGAAGAGGCUAAGAGAAGGAUAGCCAACCUAAAGAUCCAGCUGGCCAAAUUGGACAGUGAGGCCUGGCCCGGCGUGCUGGACUCAGAGCGGGACCGACUGAUCCUCAUCAACGAGAAGGAGGAGCUCCUGAAGGAGAUGCGGUUCAUCAGCCCCCGAAAGUGGACCCAGAGCGAGGUGGAGAGGCUGGAACUGGUGAGGAAGCGCCUGGAGGAAGACCUGCAAGUGGCAAGAGACACGCAGAGCAAAGCACUCACCGAGCGACUGAAGCUAAAUAGUAAGAGAAACCAAUUGGUACGAGAACUAGAGGAAACAACCCGGCUUGUUGCAUCACUACACACCCAGCUGAAAAGCCUCUCCAGCAGCACACAGUCCCUGUCCUCAGGAAGCAGCCCUGGCUCCCUCGCCUCCAGCAGGGGAUCUCUGGCCGCAUCCAGCCAGGACUCCUCCACCUCGGCCAGCUUCACUGACCUGUACUAUGACCCCUUUGACCAGUUGGACUCUGAACUCCAGAAUAAAGUGGACUUGCUGCUCCUGGAGGGAGCCACUGGCUUCCGGCCUUCAGGUUACAUCACCACAAUCCAUGAGAACGAGGUGGCCAAGACCCAGAAGACUGAUCCAGUUAGCCGCCUGCAGGCCCUGCGCUCUCUCUCUGGCACCCCCAAGUCCAUGACCUCCCUCUCCCCACGCUCCUCUCUCUCCUCCCCUUCUCCACCCUGUUCUCCUCUGGUCGUCGACUCGCUCUUGCCUGGAGACGCCUUCCUGACCCCCUUGGAUUUUGAAGACCCUGAGCUGAGUGUGAAUCUCUCUGAGCUCAGGCUCGGCCCCGGGAACGACGGGCUCCGGUUGGAGGAAGGCAGAACGGAUGAUAAACAGUUGGGCCAAGGUGUGACCGUUGCUGGGGGAACCUCCCUGAAGGUGGCCUGUGUAUCCGCUGCGGUGUCAGACGAAUCGGUGGCUGGCGACAGUGGAGUGUACGAGGCAACUGGACAGAGACCGGGAGCCCCAGAAGCUAUGGUGUUUGACAGCGAUGAGCCGGAUGCAGCAGGCACUGCCAGAGUUCAGAUUGCCAUGAAGUACGACGACCAGAACAAGCAGUUUGCAAUAUUAAUCAUCCAGCUGAGUAACUUUGCUGCUCUGUUGUUGCAACAAGACCAGAAAAUAAAUAUCCGUGUUGCUGUUCUUCCUUGCUCCGAAAGCACAACCUGUCUGUUCCGGACAAGAGCUCUGGAAGCGUCUGACAAUCUUGUAUUCAAUGAAAUGUUCUGGGUGUCGAUCUCCUAUCCUGCUCUUUACCAGAAGACCUUGAGGGUUGAUGUCUGUACAACAGAUAAGACCCACCUUGAAGAGUGCCUGGGUGGAGCCCAGAUCAGCCUCGCUGAAGUCUGCAGUUCGGGGGAGCGGUUGACGCGUUGGUACAACCUUCUCAGCUAUAAGUACUUGAAAAAACAAAGCAGAAAAAGCCAGCAAGGAGACAUCUGUUCUGGAGUCCCCAGCACUGAAAAAACAGACUCUGUGUCUGUGCUUCUGGAGCAGACAGCGGUGGAGCUGGAAGCCGUAGAGAAGAGCCUGGAGAACAGGAACAGCACUUUAACUAUGGAAGAAGGCUGGCGGGAUGAGGAGGAGCCCAAUGGUGGCAGUGAGAAUGAAGCAGCAGCCGAGGAGGAGGAGGAGGAAGAGGGAGAAGUUUUCAUUGACCAAACCUCACCUGGAACAGAAGAUUAUCCAGCAGUAAAGGUGGACAAAGAGACCAAUACGGAGAGCCUGGUGCCCUCUCCCACAGUUGUGCGGCCGAAGGACAGACGGCUCGCCGCCGCACCCGCAGCUCCAUUUGUCAGAGGGAGCACGAUCAUCCGCUCCAAGACCUUCUCCCCAGGCCCACAGAGCCAGUAUGUGUGCCGGUUGAAUCGGAGUGACAGUGACAGCUCGACUCUGUCCAGAAAGCCACCUUUUAUAAGAAACUCCCUCGAGAGGCGGAGUGUCAGGAUGAAGCGGCCAUCGUCCGUGAAAUCCUUUGGAGCCGAGCGCCCCAUCCGAACCUCGUUGGAUCUAGAACUGGAUCUGCAGGCUUCCCGGACCUGGCACAGCCAGCUGACGCAGGAGAUCUCCGUGUUGAAGGAGCUGAAAGAACAACUUGAACAGGCAAAAAGCCACGGGGAGAAGGAGCUGCCUCGGUGGGUGAGGGAGGACGAGCGGUUCCGGCUUCUGCUCAGGAUGGUGGAGAAACGGGCCGAGCGGGCUGAGCACAAGUGCGAGCUGCGGGCAGAUAAGAUGAUGAGAGCUGCGGCCAAGGAUGUGCAACGAUUACGGGGUCAGAGCUGUAAGGAGCCCCCAGAAGUGCAGUCAUUCAGAGAGAAGAUGGCAUUUUUCACCCGGCCCCGGAUCAACAUCCCGACCCUUUCAGCAGAUGAUGUCUAAUCGCCAUAAAAGUAUUUUUUUUUUUGUCCCACUGGCUGUGACAUGGAGAGUUUGGUGUGGCUAAAGUUAUUUAUAUGGUGUAAUGAAGGUACCAAGUCAUAUGUACAUUAGAGGUCUUGUCAGGUUUUAAGAUAAAAGAUUUUUAGUUUUCAAUUUUACCAUUAUUAUAAAACCAGCAUUAAAACAACAAGAUUGUAUAGUUUGUAUAUUUAGGAAUGUAUUUUUGAGAGAAAAUUUAAAUGAGCUGAAGGCAGUGUAAAGUGGCUGCUCUUCUUAAAAUAAAAUGAUUUAGGAUUUUUUUGUACAGCUCUACCUUUUAGAGGUUUUACUGCAAUAAAAGAAUGUGGAGGCCCCUCCCUCCUAAAAAGGGUGUCCUUCAGUGAUCAGCACAGCUGGAUUUUCCUAGUUCGGUAUUUUGUACGAUGCUGAGAAACAGAAGCACAAAGACCUACAGGAACCAUUUUGGAUUGUUAAAGUGCUGUGAACGAUUCUUCGCGAGCUGCCAUGGUGUUUUCCUUUUGGCUGCACUUUAAGAAGAGGGUGUGAUCUCCUACCCCGGCCGCCCGGGGGGCCAGCGGCCAUCUUGGCCCACACGUCCGAGAGGGGUCUGCCUGUGUAAGUUUCAGCUGCCCAGUGACACCACCGAGGUGGGAGGAGGGCUGUGGAGAACUUAUUUUAACUUGGUCAAUAAAGUGGCCUUUCUGAAUGAA